CGAACGGGUACGAGCAGCACCGAAGAGACGUCUUGAGAAAGUUUGGAUCAUGCCGCAGCUGAACGGCGGAGGAGGCGACGACCUCGGCGCGAACGACGAGAUGAUCGCGUUUAAAGAUGAAGGGGAUCACGAGGAGAAGAUCCGGGAGAGCGCGUUCACGGAGAGCGACCUGGCCGACCUCAAAUCAUCACUGGUCAGCGAGACCGAGAUCAGCCAGAGCCCAGCCGUGAUCAGAAGAGGACAGCAGGACGAGCAGAGAAUCUACAGCGAUAAACGAGAACAUCUGGACGACGUGCCCAAACAUCACGAUGGAGGGAUGUAUAAAGCGCCGUACUCCGGAUACCCGUUCCUGAUGCUGCCGGAGCCGUAUCUGCCCAACGGACCCGUCUCUCCAUCUUCCAACAAGGUGUCGGUGGUCCAGCAGGGGAUGCAUCCGCUGACGCCGCUGCUGCCGUAUGAACACUUCAACCCCAGUCCCACACACAUGCCCACAGACGGAGGACAGAAACCAGGUGUUCACAGACAUCAGACGCAGGAGAUUUCGGGUUUCUACUCGCUGCCUCAGGGUCAGAUCACGCCCUCCAUGAACUGGUUCUCUCACUCUCUGAUGCUGCAGUCCGGUAUGCACCCCACAGGAAUCCCUCACCCCGCUAUAGUGCCCCCUUCAGGAAAGCAGGAGCACGAUCAGUUCGACAGGAGCAUUUAUAACAAGUCUCAUGCGGAGGCCAAGCGGGAGAAGGAGCCCAAGAAGCCGGUGAUCAAGAAGCCUCUGAAUGCGUUCAUGCUGUACAUGAAGGAGAUGCGCGCUAAAGUGAUCGCAGAGUGCACACUGAAGGAGAGCGCCGCCAUCAACCAGAUCCUGGGCCGCCGGUGGCACGCUCUGACCCGUGAGGAACAGGCCAAGUACUAUGAGCUGGCCCGUAAGGAGCGGCAGCUGCACAUGCAGCUCUACCCCAGCUGGUCGGCCCGUGACAACUACGUGAGUGCUUUGGGCAAAAAGAAGCGGAGGAAACGGGACAAGCAGCAGGACUCCAGUACAGAGCCUGGCUCUCCAAAGAAAUGCCGCGCUCGCUUCGGCCUGAACCAACAGACGGACUGGUGCGGCCCCUGCAGAUAACUCUCUUGACUGUUCCUAGGAGGAAAAAGAAGUGCAUUCGCUACCUCCAGAGAGGGCGCUGCUCCAGCCCACAUUCUUCCGAUGGAAGUGCUAUAGACUCCCCCCCUUCACCUGUCUAUCACCUGACAAACCCCACCUCCCCCUCACGAUGCCUAGCCUCCAGCCCCUCCUCCCCCGCCGGCAGUCCCCACCCACAUGGCAAACGCCCCGCCCCUCCGG